AACGGCAUAGAAUUGUUUUUGUGCUUGUGUAUUUAUUGUGGAUAUUAGUGAUAAAACAGCUUUGUAGUUUCGAAGUGGAUAAUCGUUCGUAAUUUUUUUCUGGAUUUACACCUGAAAGUCGACAAGCGUGGAGUUGCCAUACUGACAUCGUAGCAUCCUGGAGACGAGACUGGCUGACGGAAGCGGGUUGGCGGAAACACUGACGAGGUCAUGCGUCGGAUAAUGUGACGUCAGGGACAUGUCCGCCAAGGACGACGACAACAGCGCCAGUGCAGCGGGAGGCCCCCUGCGGCCCGCCGCGCUCGCGGCCAGCCCCUGCCAUCCCCGGCCGGACGCCGCCCCCGCCGCCGUCUCCUUCGCGCACCUGCCGCCCCCGCCGCUGCCACACAACGAUAUGGCGCGUGACUCACCGCCCACGUCGAGCCCCGUGCUUCAGCGCCGAGGCGCCACCAGCGCCAGCAUCGCUGCCGCCGGGGUCGGACUGCCCGGCAUGCCACUCGAUAAGGAGCACGCCUUCCACCAGCAGAUACAGCAGCUGAAGAAGCAGCAGCAGUUGCAGCAGCAGAUCCUCCUGCAGCACUUCCAGGCACAGAGACAGCAGCUGGCUGAACAGCACGAGCAGCAGCUCCGCCAUCACAUCAAGCUGUGGGAGCAGCAGAAGCAGCUGGAGGAACAGCGUGAACGCAGGGAGAAGGAGAAGCUGGAGGCAAUCAAGAAGAAGGACAAGCACGAGCAGAGCGCUGUUGCCUCCACUGAAGUCAAGCAGAAGCUGCAGAACUUCCUGCUAAACAAGAAGCAGUGUGAGGCUGCAGCUGCUGCUAAUGGAGCCACUUCAGCCUCCGGGAUGUCUUCACUGUCGGGGUCUGCGUCAAAUUUUCGCAACUGGAGUAUCCUACACGGUCACGACGGAGGACCGGGAACGGCAGCAGCUGGGUCCUCGGCAGGGGCACACCCGUACCGCCUGCCGUCCAUUGUAGCCAAGUACGACGACGACUUCCCUCUCAGGAAGACAGCAUCUGAACCAAACCUGCUCAAGGUGCGACUCAAGCAAAGGGUGAUUGAGCGCCGAUCUAGCCCCAUCGCCAGGCGCAAAGAUCGACUUCUGGCCAACAUCAAGAGGAAGUCACAACUCGCAACGGACGUGAAUGCUGGUGGUGUGGGAGCAAACAGUGUGGACUCUGGUCCAAAUUCCCCCCCGGCAAUGCCAGGUGGCGGAGGCCGCCAGCCCUCACCCUCUCACCAGAUGGGUCGCAGCAGCACACCAAUUCAAGAGGAAGGUGAAGGCUGUGGCAGCCAGCAGGGCAGCGUGGGAGAGCUCUCACUGUACAGCAGCCCAUCCAUGCCCAACAUCUCACUGGGGCGCCCCCCGACUCAUUCUGUGCCGGAUGCAAUGCACUUGCACGGAAGUGCAGGGUUGGGCACAGUGUCAGAGGCGGAAGUACGCGCUGCCUUCACAGCCAGGCUGGGAAUGCCACUCACUGGUCAAAUGCUGCCGGGGACUCUGCCUUUCUACCCAACAUUACCAGUGAUCGACGGUGAGUACAGCUAUGCCGGUGGCAGUGCCACCCUCGGAACCGCACCCGGCAUUACAGAUGCACAGGUAGCACACGCUCGUCUGAAUCGCCGGCCACUGGGACGCACGCAGUCGGCACCGCUCCCACUGGGCCACCCUGUGCUGGCGCUUGUGCCGCCGUCGCACUCUCCUUCUCAGUACGAUGACUUCCAGCACCAGCAGCAACAACAGCAGCACAACUUCCUGAGACAGCAAAUCCGGCAGACAGUACUGACGCGGGCUGGCAGCCGCAGUCAGGCAGCUGCAGCUGCAGCAGCUGGUGGGGGUGGGCCCGGCGGGAUCACCGCUGGACAGCUGGAUGAGGCCCCAGAGGUGGAGGCUGAUGACUCAGCCGAGAUUAUUGAUCUCACAGAUCGCCGCAGUGACGAAAGUGAAAUGUCUCGGCAGCAGCGUGAUCGCGAGCGUUUCUUGCAGCAGCAGCGUGACCUCAUGAUGAGACACACGGCACAGGGCAGUGAUGGUUCAUUUCUGGGCCGGCCGUCAGUGUCUGGGAGGCCACUGGCACGAGCCCUGUCCAGCCCUCUGGUAGCUGUAGGUGCCAGUGAGGGAGCUGGCCCCACAUCCGGGACGGCUCUGGCAUUUGACUCGGCCAUGCUGAAGCACGCCUGUGUCUGCGGGGACAACUCGGGCCACCCAGAGCACGGCGGACGCCUGCAGAGUGUGUGGGCACGUCUGCUGGAGACGGGGCUGGUGGCACGCUGCCAGCGCCCACGGGCGCGCAAGGCAUCACUUGAAGAGAUCCGUGCCUGCCACUCGGAGGCACAUGCCCUUCUGUUCGGCACCAGCCCGCUCAACAGGCAGAAACUGGACGUUGGCAAGCUGUCGCAGCUACCGGUCAAGAGCUUCGUGCGGCUGCCGUGCGGAGGGGUCGGCGUGGAUUCGGACACCACCUGGAACGACGUUCACACGGCGACAGCAGCACGCACGGCCGUCGGGUGUGUGGUGGACCUGGCUUUCAAAGCUGCAACAGGUGACAUCAAGAAUGGAUUUGCCAUAGUGCGCCCACCAGGCCAUCAUGCAGAAGCUUCACAGGCUAUGGGCUUUUGUUUCUUUAAUUCAGUGGCCAUUGCAGCACGACUGUUACAACAGAGGUUAAACCUACGUAGGAUCCUUGUAGUUGAUUGGGACGUGCACCACGGAAAUGGCACCCAGCAGAUGUUCUAUGAUGACCCACGCAUUUUGUAUUUAUCAAUCCAUAGACACGAUGAUGGAAAUUUUUUCCCAGGCACAGGAGGACCUACAGAGUGUGGUAUGGCGGAAGGCUUGGGUUUCAAUGUAAACGUUGCGUGGUCGGGAGGCCUGGCUCCUCCGAUGGGCGAUGCAGAGUACUUAGCUGCAUUCCGGACUGUGGUCAUGCCCAUUGCAAAGGAGUACUCUCCAGAGGUGGUGCUGGUGUCUGCAGGGUUUGAUGCAGCUGCAGGGCAUGCUGCUCCUCUGGGUGGCUACAAAGUCUCCCCAGCGUGCUUUGGCCACAUGACUCAUCAGCUGAUGCAGCUCGCUGAUGGAAAGGUUAUACUCUCACUAGAAGGUGGAUAUGAUCUGGCCUCCAUAUGUGAUUCAGCUGAAGAGUGCGUACGAGCUCUCCUAGGUGAUGAACCCAGCCCUCUGUCUGAAGACGAGCUGCAGCGACCACCAUGUCAGAAUGCUGUGGACACACUGCAGAAGACUAUUGCAAUUCAGCUGUCACACUGGCCCUGCCUGAAGAGAGCAGCACACACGGUCAGCUGGUCCGCGAUGGAGGCGGCGCAGAAGGAGGCGGAGGAGUCGGAGACACUGUCAGCCAUGGCCAGCCUGUCGAUGCGGCACCAGUCCAACAGCCUGCAGUCACCGCCACAUUCACGUGAGCCAUCAGAGGAACCUAUGGAACAGGAUGAUGCGAAGUGAACAGCCACUGCACAUUUCUAAAAUAUUAUUGUUAUAAAUGGCUACUGCAAACCAGGCAGGCUUUUUGUAAAUGGGUGUUGAAAAUAUACCCAGUGUAUUGGAAUUGUACUUUGGCUGCAAGCUGUGUGCAGCUAUAAAAAUCUCUAAGAAUGUUUCAUUGAGCAGUGGCUUCCUUAUUGGAAAAUGUAUGAUGCAUACUUUUGAUUGUUGGGCUCGAUGUAUGUGAUGCCCUAGUUUGUUGUGAAAGAAACACAAAGUUUGUGUUUGAUUCGGAGAAUGUUCUUAGAAAGCAAAGACGUCACUGGUUGACUGUAUUGGUUCAGUGCUGUACUUUUGUUCAGAUGCAACGAAUGUGAAAAACGUAUUUGUAUGAUCCAUAUCUCUCCGUGUUGUAUUGUUGACACAUUUUCUUUAGUACUUUGGCAUGUUUUGUUUUUCAUAGAAUGUAUCUUGUUAUGUGAGGAAGUUGAGAAGGAGAUUUAUUACUGAAGUAUUUGUUUGUGAAGUAAUUAAUAUUUCAUACAAAAGACAUUAGUUAUAGGAAAUAUGAUUUGAUGAAAUUAGGUGUUGUAUGUAUGCAUGUGUGUGUCUAUGUAUAUAUAUAAAUGUCUUUUUACAGUGUCAGAUGUUACACAUUAUUUUUUUUAUGUAUAUUGCGUGAAUAUAUGGCUGUAACUGAUAGCCUAAUGGUAAAUGUUGACAGUUUAUCGUAACAGUAGUUUAUGAAGUGCUGGACACUUUAUUUCUCGAGUUUUCUGUCUUUGUCAGAUAUUGUGGGAUUAUACAAGUGACGUGUUAAACGUCAUGUUUUGAGUUGCAAUUGUACAUUGAUGUUGCAUAUAAUAGCCAGUUUUGUGAUAAAAGAUAUAACAGUUAUGUACUUUAAAUUUCAGUUGCAAAAGUAAUUAGUUACAUGUCCAUAAGUGUUACAUAGUAUUUGUAUGACAAGUAUGUUGAGCUCAUGUUUGUGUAUCUCGACGUAUAAUAUAUGUUGUACAAGCUUGUUCGGCAUGUCAGAGAUGCUAAAUUGUAUGGUAAUUGUGAUAAAUGUGCAGGCGUGAUUUGAAGAGCAUUUAUUUUUAUGUCAAGGAUUUUACAUAUAUAUUUAAAGAAAAAACUGAUCAAAUUUUUAAUGGGAAAUAUUAUUUGUUGUUAUACAGAUUUGUAUAUGUGGUUACAUAUAAAUUCUGGCCGUCUUUAAUGUCAUUGAAAAGUUAAACUUUUAAUAAAUGCAAGUGUUGUUUGUCCAUAGUCAUUGUGAGAGAAUGUUUAUUCUUAUCUGACAGAUAACUGUUAUAGUUGCAAAUAUUUUAUGCGAUAAUGAGCCGUUUGCAUUCACUGUGAGAAGGAGCUUUAUAAAUGGUUGUGAUGAUGGUAUAUAUAUGAGAGCUGCCUGUAUUGUCUAAGUAAGAUGCCGACAUUCCUGUAUGAGAAAGUAGAACUGAAUGUUCCUGAUUUAUGUAGCCGUGAAUCUGUAAUAGAAGUGAAGAUUGCACAUAUUCAUUGUCUUACCUGAAAUCUGAGCUUACAGGAACGUAAGAAGUGUAUUUCAUCACUUAACUGAUGUCUCGUGGCAUUCUUCUUACACUCUUUUUUUUUUUCUUUUAAAUAAAUAAAU